GAAAGACUUGAAGAAAUCACGCAUAAUUGAAGAAAUUUCGCAUAAUUUGAAUUCCAAUGGAUUAAUUUAAGAUAGAGUGGUGAGAUAGUGUUAUACAAGUAUCUUUUGUGUCUAGAAAAAACCUUGAAAUUUUGGUUAUUUGGAAAUGGUCCUUGAAGUUUGGCGAAUCUCAAAAGAGUCAUUCAAGUUUGAAGUAAUGGCAAAAGGUCUCGAUUGGAGAGAAAACCCUCUACCCCGGAUAAGCAUUCAGCAACAAUGGCCAACCAAAUUGGCCACAACGCCCAUUCUCGCCGCUAAAACUCCCACAAAUUACUCCUCGUUUUUCUUGGCAGCUGCUGCUGUCGCAGGAAAACAAUGAUGAUGGGCGGCUGCCGCAGUUACUACAACCCUCGCCAAUUCGGGAGCUGCACCAUCAAACGCUGCCGUUCUUGUCUCGACAGAGCUGCUCCGCCUAGGUUUCGUUGCUCCUCCAGAAGAUUUUUGGGAUUCAAGUUGUCGGGCUCCAAUGCUUCGUCUGUUGCCAGUAGCGACGACGAUUUAGCCCGACUUUCUUUCAUCAACGACGAUGCCUCUCAGCCUCCCCUCUUCUCAGAGUGCUUCAGCCCAGCUGAAAAUGGUGCGGAUCUUCCAUCUGAAAGAGUCUCAGUAGCAGGAGGAAUAGUAGCACUGGGAAAGUUUGAUGCCCUUCACAUCGGUCAUCGGGAGCUUGCAAUCCAAGCAGCAAAGAUUGGAGUUCCAUAUCUGAUGUCAUUUGUUGGAAUGGGAGAGGUACUUGGAUGGGAACCUAGGGCUCCUAUAGUGGCAAGAAGUGACCGGAAGCGUGUUCUUUCCUCUUGGGCUCCAUUUUGUGGUAAUGUUACACCGAAGGAAGUUGAGGUUGAGUUUUCACAAGUCAGAUAUCUCACUCCACAACAAUUCGCCGAGAGAUUAGCAGUGGAUCUUGGAGUUUGUGGCGUUGUGGCGGGUGAAAACUACCGGUUUGGAUACAGAGCUGCCGGCGAUUCAUCUGAUCUGGUGCGGCUGUGUGACGAGUAUGGCAUGAAAGCGUGCAUAAUAAACACUGUCAUGGACAAGCACCAACAUUCAACGGACAUGGGUUCUAGCAGCUCGCAAGAGAGAGGGCAAGUAUCAUCCACGCGAGUUCGUCAUGCUCUUGCCAAUGGGGACAUGAGUUACGUCUCUGAGCUGCUGGGACGCCAUCACCGGCUUAUGCUAAUGGUAAGAAACAAGGAAGACAUUUUUAGUGAUAGGAAGAGGUUAUCGAUAAAAUGUAGACCUUGUUUGUUGAAUCUCUCACCCAAAGAAGGUCUAUAUGAAAAUUGUUCUCUUGUAGUUGGUGAUAAGAAUGUGGUAGCAUGCAGAGUGACAAUUGAUUCGACAUAUAUUCAUUUGGAAUUAGAUGAAGUAGCUCCUCAUAUAAAUACUAGUGCUCAAAACUUGUUACUGGGUAUCGACUUUGGUGAAUCCAAGCUUUGAUAUUUAUUUUUUAGUAAAAUUAUUGGAUAACGAUUUGUUGA